AUCGCGAAGUGAAACCGAUCAGCAGCAGCAGUAAGCAAGCAAGUGCAGCAUAAUUGUGGUGCGGAAGUAAAAAGAUUUUUAACCAAAAGUGCCCAAAGUGAUUGAUUGACGAGAAUUUAAAGUGAAGUGAUUGGUUUUUUUAAAGGACUAUAAGAAAAAAAAUUGUUGAACUGUAUUUUCGUGAGAAUUAUCAGUGUUAUAAACUAUUUGAAAAAAACAAUGGAAUUCGAGAAGAUGAUAAGCGCCCAUGGUCGUCGGCAUCAGGCCGCCGCGGCACCGUCCAGCCGACACUACUUAUCAUCAGCACACCAACGCCGAUGCCGGACUUUCGCGAUACUGUCGGUGGUCUGUUUGCUUCUCAUCCUGGUGGCCAGUCCCGUCAUCGCUAGACCUUCAGACGCCCGGAUUAGUCAUCCGGUUGGCGACGGUCUCGAAGUAGAUGGCUCUGUCCAACAUCACCAGCCGCAGAAGCGUGCCGCCCUGGUCGCAGCCAAGCAAGAAGAUGAAGAGUACUACGACGAGGACUACACAAACGUCAAGCGCUGUCACGCGGAUGAAGAUCUAAACGAGUUGUGUCAGCGCUGUUCGAAGGUGGCCAAGUCCGGCAUUGUGUAUCCGAUGUGCUGCAGUAAUACCGACAAAACCGAGGACUGGUGCAGGGCGUACGUUUACUAUGGGAUACAAAACUGACAUCGUUGAUUCCAGCUUGCUGAGAAUGUAGAAUCUCGAGGCCUACUUCAUCUCAUAGUUUUAAUUCGGUAUUACACGAUCAUUCUGACUAAAAGUCGCGUGGAAAAUAUUCAUAAGAUAAGGCAAACAGCAUGUGUCCUCCAUGUCAUUGUAUUUAUUACUACUGUGCAUUGUUACUUAAAAAAAAGCUAGGUAGGAGAUUAAAAAGACUGUAUUGAACAUUUGCCAUGAGUAGCAUAAAACUUUAAAAACAUAAUUUAUUGAUAGCGAUAACUUAAAUUGACAAAAGAAGAGAAGAACAUAAAUGAGCUAAUGAAAUCAAAAUAAAUAUUACAAAGUAAGUCUUCCAGUCCAGGUAUGUACCUGUCGUGUCUGAGCUUUUCCGUUAACGAGAGAGUCGAUCUAAGAUCGUUCGCGAGCAGCGAUGCCACACAUACCGAUUUUCCGGUAUUUAUACCGAUUUUUGAGCAACAUUUUGACCAAGAAUCGGUAUAUACCGAUUACCGAUUUUUGGUAAAACAUACCGAUUUCAUACCGAUUUUUAAGAUUUUAACUCAAAAUUCAUUCCACUUCAACAUUUUCACUUCAUUCAAGCUAUCCUCGUAAAGGUCCCGUAGAAAGAAGAAAAAGUUUGGUAGCUGGCGUGGCGUAACUUUGAUCUGUACAACUUUUAAAGUAUUCUGCAAAGAUCUCCACCGCUCACUCUCGUAAUUCGUUCAGUUGUUCGCGCUGUUUUGUUCCUUUAUUCUGUCAAAUGAUGCACUAUUAUGGUACUCAACCUCAAAGCCAAUGGGCUAAGAUCAAGGCUGAUAUUUGACUUUCUGCGACUGUUUCUUAAGGUCAAUCUCAAUUGACGAUCGCAUUGAAGCUCUUGUCUCGUGAGAUGCUAACUUUUCAAGGAAAUACAUACACCGAUUGAAUAUAAUCAAAAUCCUUGUUCAACUCGUCGCUGGAUGAGGUAUGUCGAGAUUUGAAGUGCAAUCAGAUCAUCGAUAUAAUCUUCAAUCCUUCUGCAUCUUAUUAGCCAAAUAAAUUAUAUCAUAUAAGUACCUAAACUGCAGAGAUCGCAGAAUUAAAAACCAUGCCAGACAAAAUGGGUUUCAGUUAUAGUAAAA